AUGGGCUAUGUCGAGCUUCGCGACAGUGAUGACAUCAUCCUAGCAAGUGCUUCUUCCAUUAUGCUGUCAAACGUUCAGAAAUUGCUUCAAUCCAUCUUUAAACUCAAGAUUUUUGGAGAUCUAAAAUACUUUCUUGGUCUAAAAAUUGCUAAAUCCACUAAUGGCAUCCAUCUAUGUCAGCGAAAAUACACCCUCAACCUACUGCAAGAUACUAAUUUCACAGCUUGUAAGCCAACUGCAUUACAAAUGGAACCUAACCUAAAGUUGAGCUCAACAGAUAGCACCUCUUUGAGUGAUUCAUCCUUAUAUCAAAGACUGGUAGACAGGCUAAUAUACUUAACAAUAUCCAGACCUGAAAUCACUUAUGCAGUUAACACCUUGAGUCAGUUCUUGAAAAGUCCAAGCUCGUCUCACAUGGAUGCUCUUCACCACAUCCUUCGAUACUUGAAGGGAAGUCCAGGACAAGGUUUGUUUUUUUCAGCCAACUCCAACAUACGGCUCAUGGCCUAUGCUGAUUCAGAUUGGGUAGGGUGUCCAGACACCAGACGCAGUGUUACAGGCUACUACACUUUCAUUGACAACUCUUUAAUAUCCUGA